AUGGCCCGGACAAAACAAGGCCCGGUGCGGAUCUCGCGGAUCUCGUGGAGACCUAAGCGGCGCACGGUCCUCGUCGCAUCCCUCCUUCUCCAAAACCCUACUGCAGCGAUCGAGGCUGUGCGGCCAGGAGGAGUAACGACGCGGGCGCGUAGCCGCCGCAUCGCCGCUGCCGCCGCCGCACUCCCAGAGGAGAUCCUUGUGUGGGAGAUCCUUGCCCGCCUUCUGGCCAAGGACGUCCUCCGCUGCCGCACGAUUUGCCGUUCCUGGCGCCGCAUCACCUCCACCCCUGGCUUCCUCCUCGCUCACCACCGGCGCCAGCCGUCGGUACCCCUCGUCACGCUCUAUGGGGCAGACAGGAACGGGGGCGGCUCGCAAAUCUUCAAGCACGGCCGUCCCAUCCUCGGUUUUGAUGACUAUGAAGACUUCGAGCUGCUGCUUGCCUCCUGCGAUGGGCUCUUACUGAUCUCCCUCUCUCGCGGCCGAUUCAGCAUCUGUAACCCUACCACGCGGCAAUGUGCUCCACUCCGGGGCCUCACCGCCACCGUAGGACGCAUCAACAUCGCUGCACUGUACCUGCACCACCCGACCGGCGAGUAUCGCGUCCUCUACUGGAAGGAAAGAAUUGGGAACCACCACAAAGCUGCCUACUACAUCCUUACGGUGCGGCGGGGGCAAUUGCCGAGGUGCAUUGGAGCUCCUUCACAUAUCCCUGACAUAGAGAAGGUUAUGCUGCCCUGGGACGGAAUGACUCCUACUAAUUUGGACCCACCCGUCGUUUUACACGACUGUCUUCACUGGGAUCCCGGCUGCGACGCUGGCAUACUUGUUUUCGACACGGUAGUUGAAUCUUUCAGGACCAUGCAUCGCCCGCUGGAUACUCCUACCAGAUUAUUCACUCGUUUGUGCGAUAUGGAAGGUUCCAUUCGCUUUAGCUGCAAUGCUGAUGGUUGGACACUCGCCAAAAUCUGGGUGCUUGAGGACUACGAGAGAGAGGUUUGGUCAUUCAAGUACCAUGUUAAGCUCCCAGAGACAUUCGGUUACAUGGCUGCACUUAGGCAACAUUUGGUUUUGUCCCACAAGGGAGAUGUGCUAGUCUACUGCCCAGUUACAUGUUCCACUUUGACAAUACUGGAAAAUUGCUAG